AUGAAUGGCUACUCUCAGAAAGACAUGUUCAAACCGAGCGUUCUACAUAACGAUUAUAUUUACCUCAAUGAAACGAAAGCAUUAGCUAACUGGACUUACAAGACAGGAUACACACCUGGUGCUAAGAAAGACACAUACCCCAUCAGAGCUAUCGGAUCCGGAGCUAAAGCUGGUAUGACGCUAGAUUUGUCAACCUUUUACAAAUACGCCGAAGUACACUGUCGUUCUUCUCAAGGCUUCAAACUGAUCCUUCAUCCUCCAUUCGUAUACCCUCGGGUUGCUAAAAACUUUAUUUUAAUUUCUCCGAAGCGUGAUAUGACCGUAUCUAUUCGACCCCGGAUCAUAACCACUUCCCCAAAACUGAAGAGCUUCAGUCCCGUAAUACGCCACUGCUACUUUUCCGAUGAGCGAAGCCUAAUGUUCUUCAACGAAUACGAACAGAGCAAUUGUGAGCUCGAAUGCCUCACCAACUAUACGCUGAAAAUGUGUGGCUGUGUUCGCUUUUCUAUGCCUCGAACUGCAAAGAUGCGAGUUUGUGGAAUGCACGAGAAGCAAUGUAUGGAACGAGCUGGACAGCAACAGUUCGAGGAAUCGAUCGAUGAGGCAGCCGACGACUCAAAAAGCUGCAACUGUAUGCCUGCCUGCGCAUCCAUCGACUAUGACACAGAAAAUACCCUAACGACGAAUGAAUAUGGAAUAACUGUUACUAAGAGGAAGUCAGUUAUGAAACCAGAAGAGGUCAACGAAAUAAUCAAGUAA